AUGGAGAAAAAGAGAUGUGCGGUGUGUCGUCAUAAGAGGCAUAGAUGCCCUGAUGAUUGCAUCUUUGCUCCACAUUUCUCUGGGGCUAAUGAAUGGAAAUUACAAGCCAUACUAAGUGGGAAUCUCGGAGUUGCACAGUUAGAACGAAUUCUUCAAGAAGAAGCUGUGGACUCGCUUGUGACUGGUGUGAUUGAUCAGACCCGACGCCAGGUUGAAGAAAUUGAACGACAGCUCAAGAUUGUGAACAAUAAUUUGGUCUUGCUUGGAUCGCAACCAUUUCUUGACAACUUGCCCGCUACACAAGACUUACCCACUGAUCAACCUUCCUUAGACUUUGGGCACUCCGGACAACAACACGGCAUGAACACUUUCUUUGGAGGUUUAUACCACAACCCUUGCUCUCCUUUUGGUCCAUGGCCAUAUUCUCUACUACAACCGGGUUUGCUUCCUCUACCAAGCUCUCCUCUUACGAAUCCAUGGCCAUCUUCUCCCGCAAUGUACUAUGGACAGCAACUACAACCGGCUUUGGUUUCUCCUCUACCAAGCUCUCCUCUUGCGAAUCCUUCUCUUGGAGUGUCCUAUGCACAACAACCAGACCCGAUUGGAGUAAAUAACCCCUCGACUCAAGAAGCUGCUAAUCAUUCUUCCUCUGUCGUACAGCAACAACAACAAGGAAGCAGCCACAUUUGUUUCGAUCAAGAUCUUCUGAAUGACAUCUUCUCCAAGCCUUAUUGUAGAAAUUGA